GAAGUCUGAGGCCAGUCCCAAACUUGCCUUUGACAGGGGAUUCUUGAGGCUGACAAAGUCUCUGUGCCUCCCUCGAUUGAUCGCACUCACCUUGCUCUGCUCUGUCCGGUCCGUCAGGAUGAAAGGGUCACUUAGGAUCACGGCACUCAUCGCCUGGAUUUGCAUCUCAUGUGCAGGUUCAAUGCAUAUGCUGACCCUUAGGAUUGGUGAAGACGCCACUCUUCCAUGCCAUCAAGCUGGCUCUGCUGUGGAGUGGAAAGCCGACACCUCAGGCACGCGAGGAAUGGAGCUUUUUUCCUCCCUCAAAGGCGAGACAAAGACCUUAAACAGUAACUACAGUACGCGCAUCAGUCUAAGCUCGGACGGCUCUCUAGUCCUGUCGUCACUCAAGUGGUUUGAUCAAGGUCUCUAUCAGUGUUCGACCACUUCGGGAAGUCAGACGCCUACCAGGAUCAUUUACCUCCACACUUACCAGCCUCCCACCAAACCAGAGAUUACAAUGAUUCGAAAUCAUGUGAAAGUGGACGAUCCAGCUGAGAUGAUAUGCACUUCAGAAGAUGGCUACCCUGCAGGAAAUUUAACUUGGUACAAGAACGGGAGAAUCCUGAAAGGAACAGAAGAAGAUGUCAGCAUCAAGAACUUCAUCAUACUGGAUCAGAAGACACAGCUGUCGUCAAUGAAAUCAGUGUUGUCCUACACUCCGAGGGAGGUGGAAGAGGAGCUUAGCUUCAAAUGCCACAUUAGCUAUGACAUCACCGACCCAAUCAGCAUUCAGGAAUCAGAUAAACGCACCCUGGAGCUCAUCCAUCCUUUGAAACAUAUCACCCUGCUGUUAAACUCUGGUUUUGACGAUAUCAGGGAAGGGGACAAGGUGACUCUGAAGUGUAAGACUGAUGCUAGACCACUGCCAAGCUUUGUGUGGACUAAAGACGCGGUGUACCUCGACGUCAAGAAUGAGACAAUAGUCUUCCCUUCUAUAACAAAAAGGGAUGCUGGCGAUUAUAAGUGCGUGGCUACAGAUGAGGAGUUCACUGAACUCAGUGGCUCAAUUUUAUUCACAGUAGGAGACAAAAGACAGGAAACAAGAAUCAUUAAAAUUGCAAAUCUUGACUCUUACGAAGAGAUCCAGCCAGAAUCCUCUGUAAGCAGCUCACUUAAUCGCUCUGGAAUGAUCAUUGGAGUUCUGGGGGCACUAAUCUUAGUAGCCUUCAUCCUGGCAGCUGUCUACUGGUUGUGCUACCAUCAGAAAAAAUCUCAAGGCUCAAAAGAAGAAAAUGUAGUUUUAAACGGUGUUGAGGCGGGUAAUGCAGACUUUGCAGAGGAUAAAAAUUGCACCACGGACUACCUUGGUGAGAAAUGACUAAAACUCAAGAAUUAGUCAUUUUGCAGAUUUUUUUUUUCCCUUCACCAGCACUUACUACCAGCAACCACCUUCAGUUUGUUUUUCAUUAUUGAUCACAUAGAACAUGAUUUUGUUUGUGGCACAAUCUGGAUGGUCUCGAGUACGUUCCAACAUGAUGGUGGUCAACUUUUUCUUGCAUUCAUCCUAUAAACACUGAACAACAGGAUAACAGGCACUGAAGCAAAAGGAUUAUUAUCUUCCAUUGCUAUUCUACAUUUCAUAUUAUUUGUGUGAUGUUAAAUGUGAAUAUAUUAUAAAAUGAAAAAUUUUGGUCAAUGAUUUAAGCACAGCAGUAGGUCACUUUUCACGUCUACCUUGGUGUUUACAGUGAGGUCUGAGCUACAGCAAGUCUUCCAUGUGAAAUAAAGAUGGAAUGGCGCACUCACUAAACUGAAGUGCAAGACACCCAGCCACAGAAAUCCUGCUUGGGUGGGGUUCACAAUUAUGUUCUGGUUCACCUACCAUUACCAAGCAGCAUUAUUUGUAGUAACCCUUCCGUUACAGAGAUUUAGCAGUAAUAAAUAAAAACUGUUAAAUGCAAGAAACUUAAGCAACAUUGAAAGAAACCAUAUAAAACAAGAAGCUUUAGAAAACAUGAAAAAAAAAUGUAUAACUUUGAUUUUGGGGUCACUCAUUUCAGUAAUUUCACAAAAACCUUAUGCUGCGUGAAGUUCUGUUUUCAUAUUUUCAGGAUAAACCUCUCUAACGAAACUGAACACUGAUGAAGUCGCAGUAUAUGGCGCUGUUCCUUUACUGCUGUAUGUUACACGUCAUUGACAGAAACUGUAUUGACAAGUUUAGUUAAUGAGCCUCAUUAAUAUUCAUUAUAUUUUAUAUACUACAAAGAAUGUUUGUAAGGAAAACAAAAAAAUGAAAUAUUUACAGUUUAUCUGAGCCUCAGAGUCUUCUUUCUUUCACAAGAAAUUUCAGAUGUGAUUUCUGCCUCUCCUCAGCAAACAUUUUGCACAUUUAUACACAAAUGCUGUUACCAAAACACAGUUAAGAGAUGUUAGAAGCAGAUUAGUUGAAUAACAGACAUAUACAAGUACUUUUGCCAGGAUGUUAAGUUAUACGCACAGUCAAGAACACAGACCUUACAUUAACAGUAAUACAUUUUUUGUAGUUGACAUGUCAUGUUCAAAUCAAUACAGACCUCAAUAGCUAGGUCAAACAAACAUUUAUUUAUUCUUAUUUUUACAUUAAUCAUCAUAUUAAUAAAUUACAAAUUUCUUAGCCCUUU